GAAAGCUGAUAAGAAGUAGGCUAAAUCAGGUAGAGUCAUUCUGGUUAAUGGUUGCUCUGUUGUACUGAGACUGACAGGGCGCGUGCUCACUGCACUCACUCUUUAACUGAGAGGGAGAGUCACUGAAGCUCAUUCAGAGAGACAGAGAGGGAAUGAGUGAGAGAGCUGUUACUGCUUCCUUAAAGAAACUUAAUCUGUGGAAGUGAUCUAGGCGAACAAUUUUCUCUCUUCUUUUUCUUGAAAACUUUGAACAUGGGGCUGUCAAGGACGUGAAAAUAUAGUAUUUUGACUUAAAGAACACCAGCGUGGCAAACAUGGAGGUCAAAGAGGAGAUCAGUGACACAGACAGUGGGAUUAUUCUUCAUUCUGGACCUGACAGUCCCACUACGGGGAUGAAGGAUGUGAUUACACACACUCGGGCUGUGAAGCUAAAGCGGCAGUCACUGGAGGACAGGCUGGAGCUGUGUAUUCUGGAGCUGAAAAAACUCUGUAUCAGAGAAGCUGAACUCACAGGACACUUGUCUUCAGACUACCCUCUGUUGCCUGGGGAGAAACCGCCACAGAUUCGCAGACGCAUUGGGGCAGCUUUUAAGCUAGAUGAGCAGAGCAUUCUACACAGAGGAGGAGAGGAUUCAGAGCUAUGUACGGUGGAGGCUAAGCUGGCCCUGCAGCAGCAGAUCUACGUUGCGGCCCGCAGACUGUGCCAGGAGGAGCACCUCAGCAAGGCAGUGAAGAAGAGCAGAGUGCAGCAGUGCAAGCGUGAAGAACAGAAGCUCAAGGAACUCCAAGAGGCUGUGUUCCAGCUGCGGCUUGCUCAUGGCCGUUCUUCACCGCGCCCUGGAAUGAUUCUGCCGAAGCAUCAAGCCACAUCAGAUGACAGUUCAUUGUCAGAUUCAGCAGUGUUGGAUGAAGAAGAGCUAAUGAGCCAGUCAUCCCAGCUCUCCUCUGAGCCCCCUCCUGUUGUAGACUGUCUUUCUAUUCCCCCAGGCACUUCCCAUCGUCCUCUCACGCCUACUGGCUCCUGUCCCCUACUUCAGCCACCUGACCCCAGCCCCUGUCAGCAACCCACACUGCCCCUCCAGGCUUUACACCCCUGCCACAGCCCCACAAUAGAGUUUGAGCCUGCCCCCAUCCAGAACUCCCCCUGGAAAGAAUCUAGCCUAGAUCAGCCAUACCAAAAACAGAAAAAGUCUUGUUCCAGCAGCACCAAAUCCAGUCCUGCUGUUACUCCUACAUUGCCUCCACUGAAACCCUGUUUGGAAGAGGCAGGCGUGACACUGCAGAUACCCUGUCACAAAUCGCUAAGACACACACAAUCCAGCAGUGCCCCCUCCACUCCAGAGAUGCAUCUACGCAGAGGUUAUUCACUCAGAGUUCCAAACACUGAGCCACCACAAGAGGUGGAGCGGGACAGAGGCAGAUCACAGGGGCCCAGGAGGCGACUGACAGAUGUUAAUUUGACAUCAUCAUCUCCAGAGUACUCCCCGAUGAGAUUAGCGAUGGGAAACCCAAUGUAUUACUCCAGUUCUGAGGACAGUAACUCUGAGCAUUCUUCGACUCUUUCCUAUGUCAGCUCACCAUGCCAAGAGCAUCCAGCAGAGCUACAGAGGCCAUACCAAGCACAGUAUAGAUACCACUACACCAGUCUCCCUGAUAAUUACAUUCCCCAGCCCUACAUGCCACUUGGCCACUACAAAAACUCCUCACCCCAACUUUCCUCAAGCUUCCACAGUGGAUAUGUGGAUGAAGGAAGGGGCCAUGAAAUGGACAUGAGUAGAAUGUAUAUGAGGCAUCAACCUCCACCUUCUUGCACCAAUGGCCAUUAUGAGUAUUGGUAUGAAGAGGCACCCCCACACCAGGUAUACAGGCCAGUUCCUCCGCACCUCAAGCUUUCUCGGGCCCCAUCACUCAGAGAGUACCCCCACCACCCUAGCAGGGGCCUCCCUCGCCAGGUGGUUUCAGAAGAGCUCAAGUCGUGGCACCAGAGGAGCCAGUUGCGGCCGCCCCGACCGCACUCCCUGGACAGACAUCGGCAAGGCGCAGUGCGCUUCAAAAACCUACCUGGACACGAGUCACCUCUGUCCCAGCAACACAGUUUCCAGGAACAUCAGGUACCCCAAAGACAAAUUAUCCAGAGGACUGCUGAUGGAACACCAAUCAAAUGGUACGACGAAGAAGAUGCUGAGAUUGUCAGCCAGGUGUAGGACCCCAUACCUGUGGAAAGGAAACUAGUUAACACCUGUCAAGAGUCCUAUUUAUGAUUUAAUUUAUUGAACCAUUAGAUGAAAGUGAUUUUUCCAUGGUUAUAUCUAGAUUAGUUGGGCUAAUCUUGAGCUUUUGACAUUUUUAAAUGCCUUUUCACCUAAUAAUACACUACAAUGAACUGUUUUAUACCUGAACUUCUGCUGUGAAAGACAAUGGUGUUGUUAAUAGAGUAGAUUUCUACAUUUUGUACAAUGAAAGAAAAUCUAAUUUGUUACUAAAAUGAGUUUUUAUGUGUUGUUUUCCCUUGCCAAUCUAUGUUGCUGCUUAAGCAAAUAAAAUGGAGAGGGGAUUA